AGUUAAGCACUUUUAGCCGGGGAUCUGGGAACAGCCCAGUACAGCGGAGCGGAGGGGAAGCUUCGCCAUGAGUUGAGGACUGACGGCCGCAUCGCUAGACAUCACCAAAGGUGAGGAUGCCGACACCAGACAUAAACUCAGAGGACUACUACAAGGUUUUGGGGGUCGAGCGCAGUGCCGCGGACAGCGAGAUCGCCAAGGCGUACAAGAAGCUGGCGCUGAAGUACCAUCCGGACAAGAACCCCGACAACAAGGAGAAGGCCGAGGAGGAUUUCAAGAAAAUCACUGAAGCCUACGAAAUCUUGCACGACGCGGAGAAGAGGAAAAACUACGAUCAGUUCGGAAAGGCCGGCAUCCAGGGCGGUGCCGGAGGAGGCGCCGGAGGCGUGUCCUUUGCAGAGGCCGAUGAAAUCUUUAAGGCCUUCUUUGGGGGCAACAACCCCUUCUCGAUGUUUGGCUUCGACGACGACGACAUGGGGAUGCCAGGUAUGGGAGGCAUGGGCGGCAUGUUCGGGGGAAAGGGCAUGGGCGGCAACCCACGUGUCGUCUUCAGGAACGGAGGAGGUGGCAUGGGCGGCAUGCCCGGCAUGGGUGGCAUGGGCGGCAUGCCCGGCAUGGGCGGCAUGGGUGGCAUGCCCGGCAUGGGCGGCGGUGGCUUUCCCUUCGAUAUGUCAGGGAUGGGCGGCAUGGGCGGCAUGGGCGGCAUGGGCAAGGGCGCAGGCAGAAGCAGCAGGCCGGCGCCGGCCUGGGCCAUGCCUGCUGGCACAGCGGUGGUGGUGCAUGGACUUGAGAAAGCCGCCGAGCACAACCAGAAACCGGGGAAGGUGUUGGGCUGGGAUGAGAGCAAGAGCAGAUACGAGGUGGAGGUCGAUAAUGGUGACACCACCCUGUCUCUGAGACCACAGAAUCUCUCUCAGCCGGUUUCUGUGAAAGUAGUGGGGAUCGAAUCCCAACCUGAACUGAACGGCAAGCCUGCUCAGAUCGUGAGCUUUGACAAGUCGCGAGGGCUCUACACUGUGAGGCUCAAAGAGAAACUCGCAGGAGGCAGAGACGUCCUCGGCAUGAAGCCGGCCAACAUCAUCCUCCCAAAGGGCACCAGGGUGGUCGUGGUGAACCUGGGGAAGGAGGAGUUCAAUGGUCAGAUGGCGCAGAUCACCGAGGUGGACGAGGCCGCGGCGAGAUACCAGGUGUCCUGCCAGAACGGGAAAGCGAUCAAGAUCAAGUACGAGAAUGUGCUUUGCUGAGGCAGAUUCUGAGAAGUCUAUCUCGCACUCCGAGUCACUUUAUCCCAAGGAUCACUUCGCCGGAUACACCUAGACA